AUGACGAAAUCAAUCUCCAGCCGCGCAGAUUUCUACCAGAUCCUCGGCGUCCCAUUCACAGGCACAUCAACUGGCCUUUCAAAACAAACAAUCAAACUCGCUUAUCACAAAGCCCUCCUCAGACACCACCCUGACAAAGCCAGCGCUAUCGCACAAGGCCUCCAGGCUCCAUCGAACGAAACCGGCGAUGCACGAUACUCCAUUGAUGAAAUCACAACAGCAUACAAAACCCUCUCCGACCCGGUAUCACGCGCAGAAUAUGACCGCGCUUUGAGAUUGGACCGGGCCAAGGUCGCGGAACGGGAGAAGACGGAUGUCUUUCAUACUGGGUUGGAGAUUGUUGAUCUGGAGGAUUUGGAGUGCGAUGAGGGCGGGGAGGAGGUUUGUUGGUUCCGAGAGUGUCGGUGUGGUGACGAUAGGGGGUUUUUAGUUACAGAGGAUGAAUUGGAAAGGGACAUUGAGCAUGGGGAGAUCAUCGUGGGGUGUCGGGGGUGUAGUCUUUGGUUGAAAGUGCUUUUCGCGGUCGAGGAUGAUGGGUGA